GUUGCAUGUCGUGUGGGUUGGACGACGAGCGCUGCCGUCGCUUGUGUCGUACGACCGCGUUGGACGACAGUUCAAUAAUUGCCUGCCAUGGACUCGCACCAUGUGCGCAAUACGGAAUUUUGGAGAGUUUUCUUUCGGCUUUAUCGCUCCAUGCCGGAGCUUUGGCUGACCAAUUCGAAAGAUUAUCGCAACCGUAAGCUGAAGGCGCAAUCGUAUGACCGCCUCCUGUGCCACAUGCGCACGAGCGACCCGCACGCCAACAUCCACAUGGUGAAGCGAAAAAUCAACAAUCUGCGCACCUCCUACCGACGCGAGCUGCGCAAGGUGCUCGAGAGCAGGGCGUCGGCCAAUGGGGCUGACGGCGGCGAGGAGUAUGUGCCGUCCUUGUGGUACUACAAUGAGCUGGAGUUUCUCUACGACCAGGAGACGGGCGAGGCGCAAACAAUGAUUGAUGCCGAGCCUGAACAUGAGCCGGAUUCGAAACCAGAACCCGAUGAGGAAUCCGAACCGGAGUACCUAAAAGAUGCCUACAGUGAAAAUGUGGUAGAAGUGUCCCUGGAUGAGCAGGAGCAAGACGAGGACAUUUUCGCCGAGCCCUUUGCGCCCGAGGAGGACAUGUUGGUCAUCGAAGGCGAGGCCGACGCUGAGGGCGUUCUUGAAGGUGACGACAAUCACGAUGGGGAUGGCGACGGCGACGGCGACGGUGACGGAGACGGAGACGGCGAAGGUGACGUUGAUAACGCAGUAGAAGUCGAGGACGAGGAGAAUGGCAUCAAGCAUGACACGCUAAGCGAGGCACGUCAAAAAUGCGAUCCAAAAAUGGAUAGCAAAUAUAAGCAGCAUUCCCAUAGCGGCAACAACAACAACCAUACCAACAAUAACACCAACAACCACAAUAACAACAGCAGCAGCAACAGCGGUGCCGGAAAACAUGUGCAUCCGCAUCCUUAUGCCUCAGCACGAUUGCAGCAGCAGCAGCAGCAGCAGUCGCAGUCGCGCCGCAGCAUGCGUCGACGUCAGCACAGCACCGACGAUGACGGCGACUACGGUGGGGGGAGCGCAGCAACGGUCAGCAAAAAACGCCGCCAAGCGAUCAGGGAGCGCAGCAUUGAGCAUACGGAGAGCGAAUGCGAAUUGAUUGGCAAGCGUAUGGCCGCGCAUUUCCGAAACAUGCGAGCCGAUCAGCGUCUCUUCGCCGAGCGCAUCAUCAGCGAGGUGCUGGUCUACGGGCGCAUGAACCGGCUCUCUCUCGACGCCCGCUUCCUGCCCAACGGCACUGGCGGCGAUCUCUAUGCUGAAGAUAAUUUCAAAUAGUGUAAGGAUAUAAGAUAGAGAGAGAGAGAGAGAGAGAGUUAGCUAGU